GAUAGAGAAGUUUGGUUAUCUCGCUUGGCUCAUAACCAAGAAAACGCGGGUUCAAUUCCCGCUCCUGCUACAAAUAAUUCAAAACGUGGAAAAAGAAAGCAAAAAGAGAGACAAGAAAAAGCGAACCCACAAUUAGCAGUGACUAAUUAUUAUUCUAAACAUCAAGCAUUAGUUCGUAUAUUAAUCGACAAUUUGCCAGUUGAUAGAAUAAAAGAAGAAUUAGGCGAUAUUUACCAAGGCUUGCUUAAACCUAUAACUGCACAAAAUGCUGGAGAUAACAUUAUUGCUACCGAAAAUGAAUGA